AUGUCGCUGUGCGAAGGACUCAUCGCCCCCAACCAGCCGCCCAAGGCAGGCCCUCCGCUCUUGGUUGAGCCAUUCCGCGAGAACGGCGCCUUAACCUCCUUCUCCAUCUCCCACUCCAACACCAUCGCUGCACCGCCCUUGCAAUGCAUCCAGAAGCUCAUGGACACAUCGACCUGGCCCGAGUGGUGCAAGAUGACACCGCGCGCGAACAUCACCCACACCCCACCCAUCGCCGACGACACAACCAACGUUCCGGAGCUACAGGCCCUCAUCUCUAGGCCGGGCUACCUGUACCGAGGUGUCAAGUUUACCGCCGACGUGCACAUGGACCUGGACCCGGCGAAGAAGACCAACACGGCCGCUGAGCUAGUACGCGCGGUGGAGCGGUUUGAGCUGGAUGAUGGGCGCACCGGGUAUCGUCUGGCGUGGGAGUACGUAGGCUUGCCGUCCUUUGUGAGCUGCAACGUGAGGGUCUUCGAGUUCAUCGAAGCCAAGGAACGCCUCGUCGAUGGUGAGUUGGCGACGGAGGCGUACGGCUGGGAGACGUUUUCAGGGUUGGGCUCGUGGUUACAGCGGUCUCUCAUGUCAGACAAGUUGCUGAGAGGUUAUGAAAGCUGGGGCGAGGACUUUAAGAAUGCGGUAGAGUCGCAGAUGGAAGCGCCUCGUGGAUAA